AGCCCAACCCUUCCCCAAGGUUGGUUGUCGACUACAUUUCUCACUCGGGUGGGGCAGGUUUUCUUAUCUGCCAUCCGCACUUUCACCGUCUGAUUCUUCGCGGUGUGAAAAGACUCACAGGACACCAGCAGACGCAGCUCGAAGGGACUCCCGGUUUAUUUCGUUUCAUUUUUGUUUUCCGCCCUUCUCCGUACACCUUUUGAGCAAAAAUGUUCCGCUGUGGGCUCGCCUACCCACGGUGCAGGUGGAUCAUGCCCCUGCUGCUGAUUUUCGCCAUAAUCUUUGACAUUAUUGCCAUCGCGGCCCAGUCCGGGUGGAUCCAGGACCGGGACGAUACUCACUACUCCAGCAUGUGGAACGACUGCCGACAGCUGGGUGAUGAAUCGGAUUGCACGAGCCUCAUGGACGAGAGUUGGGCUCGGGCCGUGGCGGCGCUGAUGAUUAUUGGCCUCAUCGUCCUUAUCGUUGCUUUCAUCUUCAGCAUCGUUAGCCUGUGUAGUGACGUCAGUGUGGGCGCUUGUAUUGCCGUGGGAGUUCUGCUUUUUAUUGUUGUGCUCCUCCAGUUCAUCGCCCUGAUCAUCUACCCCGUCAAUUUCAACGACAGGAUCUACGAGGGCGAAUACGAAUACACCUGGGCCUACGGGUUCGGGUGGGGCGCCACCAUCAUCUGCUUGGGCUGCAGUUUCAUCUUCUGCUGCAUGACUUCCUGCAUAGAGAAGAUAAACGGCGAUGAGAAGAUCGAGUACUGUAUCACUCGUUAGUAGUGACAGAAUCUCCCGGCCCGCCCAGUCACAGUAGUUUCUUUCCCCCCCCACUUCUCUUGUAUCACUGAAAACAAAAGUUUUGUUCAACACUGGAAGCAUUCCUCCACUACCAUCCCUGAACAAAGUGGACUGUAACCGGGGUCCGCCCUAGCUUUAAUGCACACAGAUCUUGAUUUUAGAUUUUGUCAGCAUCUCAACCCCCCCCCACCCCCCUUUAGACAUUUUCUAUACUUUUUCCUCAGAAUUUUGCACACUGUAAUUCUCAAAGCAAUAACGCCCAAGUGCAUUUAUCUUUAAAGGAGCUAGUUUUGUAUAAACUGCAAGCAAUCCAGAAUUUUUUCCAGGUUUUCGCUUAAUUUUUUGCACAGGAUGAAUGAAUGUUUAUCACCCUACAUUGUACCGUGUAAUUUGACAAAUAUUGGGUCUCCAUAGUUUAGCCUUAACUCUACAAGUUUAGCCUGCCAGACGAAGGAUAGGAAGGCCUGAAGAGGCUGAAAGUACUGUAAUAUGUCCCAUCAGAAACAUACAUUUCGGUUAAAAAAGUGUUUGCACCAUUUUUAUAAAUCUACAGCCUUGUCUCUGUUUGUUUUGAUGCGUUUAUGUGGUGAAUGCAAUUGACUUGUCUUUAUGCUGCAGUAGAAUUAGAGCUGCUCUGAAUUCCCGUUGGUGUAGAUGUUUAGCUCGACCGUCACAGAAAUAGUCCAGAGCCCUCAUUGUUUUUUUGUUUUUGCCGCAAUUCAUUAGAUUUCAGGACUACAAGAAACAAAUAAAUAAAUAAAAUAACAAUCUUAUCACGCUGAAACAGAUCCACACUGCCAUUGUUCAAUAAGGAUGUCAAUACUGGUUAAAAGUGAACAAUAUUCAUUUAGAAUAUUUUUCUUUUUAAUGUUAUAUUCAUAUCAGCUAUAUAGGAUUGAAUGUGUUUAAUUUUGUAUUUUUUUCCCCCUGAAUUUUAAGAACGCCAUAGAGGCGCUGCUGGUUUGGUGUUAAAACAUUGACCAAAGUUUCCUACUCUACGACUCGCUGUGUGAAAAGAAGCGGUGCCUUUGUGUUUCCUCUGUGGUUAAUCCUUGAGCGUUUCAUCCUAGUGGAAGAGCUGGUUUUUACUCACACCGUCUGCUUCAUGCCAACACCAAUCUGCUCAGACAUGAUCAGACCUCUUUGUUAGAUUUAUAUCCUGAGUUUCUGACAAACUCUGCUGUCGGGUGAGUCAGUAUUUCUACCAAUACUUUAUCUGUCCAGCCCAGAGCUGCUUAGUCUCAUGUAUUAUAUAAUUUGGUAGAAGUUUUAACUGUUAAUGGGCAUAAGUGUUUGUGUUCAGUGUGGGCUUUUCACCAUAAAUCAUCAGUGCUUUACUGUAUUAAAAAGAAAUCUAAUGUUUUUCUUUCUGUUCUCUGAGGUAUUUUUGGUAGGUUGUGUAUUUUUAAGCAAUAAAGAGUUUUUAUGUAGAAGAA